UUGAAAUAGGCCCCACAAUUUGUUUACUCCGUUGUUGACAAGUACUAAACCCACAAUUCACCACUAAAUGACUUUGGCUAGACCCUCGAAAGGUCCGUGUCAUUCCCAGUGAGUUAACCCCUCCCACAAUGCUAAUAUACAGUAUUCCAAAUACGAGUAAAGUGCAUCAUGCAGUCACGAAUAACCUCCGAACAUUGGGGGUUAAGUCGAGGGUGAAGAGGUCUCACCCAAAAACCGACAAAGACAAUCGAGUUAAAAAGGUUUUCGGUGUUUCCCUGAGCCAGCAAAAAUUCGAUACCAUUAAAUUAUCGACUGGUGUUGUGAUAAGUGUUCCAGUAUUUGUGAAACAAUCAGUGAAUUAUCUUGAUCUUCAUCUCAACCAAGAGGGCCUCUUCAGGAAGGCUGGCUCACAGACUAGACAGCGAGAGCUUGUCGCCAGAUUUGACAAUGGAAAUGAACUCGGUGAUAAGUACAAUGCCAUUGAUGUUGCCAAUUGUCUCAAGAAAUACCUGAGGGAUCUGCCGGAGCCACUGAUUCCCAAUGAUUUUCAUGACUUGUUUGUCAGAUGUGGAAUGCUCAAGUUCUGCAAAGUUGAUGCCAUUCUGCAGGCCUGUCUCCUGCUGCCCAUCAAGUAUUUGAUGACUCUGGCUUUCUUGAUGGACUUUUUUCAAAGGGUCGCGAGGUACGAGGCAAUGAAUAAAAUGGGGGUCGACAAUCUGGCGAAGGUCGUUGGCCCCAAUAUCAUGCCUGUCAGGGAGACCACUAUGGCUGCUGUGCAGAAUAGGCUGAAUGCUCAUCUCGCUAUUGUUAAGAUAUUAAUCGAGAAUGCCCGCCGCAUUGGCGUUCUCCCCAAAGAAAUAAUGGAGACCGCCAUGUCAGACACCAACAGUCCAGGUACAGACCUUGACCACUCGAGCUCCUCCUUCAAAAGUAAAAAAAAGAAGCACCGCUCUGGUAGCCUGACCCGAAUGUUCAACGGUCUCAAGAAAAUCGUUGGCAAAAAUUCCCCCGAAGACUCUCUCUCCCGUCGCUCCUUGCUCCCCGCCCAGCCCCCUCCCCCCUCGCCCUCAAAAUCCUCAAAAAAACGAAAGCUAGCAGACCCCCUGCCGAAUCCCUCCACCACGUCCAAGAAAAAGCGAGAUUCAAAUCCGCGAAUCUUAUUCCCCUCUCCAGUAUCCGAGGACCCGAAUCCAACAGACGAGAAACCCCAGAAAGUCGACAAGUCCAGGAGACUGGGUCUCAACCUGGACCGCUUGGUCUCCAGGAGCCGCCACAAACUGGGCCAUGAAACCGAGCCUGAGCACUCGCCGGUGAUCGAGCGCCGCUGGAGCAUGGCGAGUGGCGUCUCCAGAAACCUGAAGAAGAGAAAUCUGAAGAAGUCAAGCGCCUCCUCCCUGAUCGACACGCGAACCAAGUCCACCCUGACAGAAGAGUACGAUCACUUCUUCAUGGAGGCCGACGUCAACCUCUCCGACGAGAACCCUGAUCACCCUCCCCUCCCUCCAAAGCCCCUCAAGUCCCUGACCUUUCCUCCUAAUCCUGCCAAAGCCCCCGAAGAAUACGUCAAGAUCCCAAAGAAGGAGUACGAGGAGAUAAAAAACCGUGUCUCAGCGAUUGAAACGAGGAUCGAUCAAGAACUCGAGACGAUCGACAGCUUCUGCAUGGAUUCGGCAAGCGAAGUCCAGAGCAAGUACGAGAGGACUCUAGGAGAGGCUAGCAUUGGCAGCAUCACUCCUGCUGAUCAGCUUGCCAGACGUCUGGGGAAAGAGCUGAAGAUUCGGAAGCCAUCGGAGGGGAAGGUUAUCAGAUCCCCCAGUGCCAGAAAGAUCGGAAACAUCAGGAGACGAUCGCAGGAGAAGCCUGCGAGCAAACGGAGAGUCUCGCGUUCAGCAUCCUGGCAUAUUUCGGAACAGCCGACCCCUCUUGCUCCAUCCACCUACCCCCAGAUGGAUGGGGACACGGUGUGCAGUGAAGAGACAACCGCUAGGUUAGAUUUUCUCCAUCAGCAGUUGUGCUCACUGAUGAGUCAUACUGCCGAGCACACUAGGUCUUCCUUCAGCUAUGAGGAAUCCGAAGGGCAGAUUCCGUUGUUAAAGUCCCCCAGGGUGGGAGCCCUUAGGCAAGUCCGGAGGGCUUCGUCCUUCCACGGGAGUGAAGUGGAACAGAAGAACCGAGUUUCUUACUACAACCUUCGGAUGAGUAAUUUGAAGAAGACUAAUUCCCAGAGGCAGAUACAGGAUGCCUUGCCAUCGAGUCAGAACGCGGGGAAGAAGUUGGAGUUUAUGACGGAGAAGGAUUUGUUCACGUGGGAGAACGCCAGUAUUUAUUUGGAGUCUGAGAAACACACGGCCAAGUCCUUGUUACUGCGGAGGAAUAGGUCUCCUAGACUGAUGCAGACAGGCAGGGAUUCUGUCGCUAAACUCAGGACGCAGAAUGCAGGGAUGGUGCUGGCUAAGGCCAAGUUGUUUGAUGAUGAGUGCAAGAGCCAUCAAGAAGCGGUUGUGAGACAACGCACCUCAUCGCAGUCCAAUCUGAGGGAAAAGGUGACUCCUCCUUCGAACAAGUCCGAGAGGAAGAAAAAGUGCAGAAGCCCGAAGAGUCACGAAGGAAGGGUCAGGAGUGACCAGGAGAAUUCACUCAAUCUGAAUGUCAGUGCUGUAGCUAGUGAAGCUCCCUCGAACUACAGGACUCCACACAUCAAGAAACCUCUAGCCGUGAAAACCCCAAAGAGUGCUAGGUCCUUAGUCAGGAGGGCACCUGUCGAUAUGAAGAGGACUCCUCUCAAGGCUGUUCCCUUGGCUGGCACUCCCAAGAGGCAGAGUCCCAGGAAUGCAUUCAAGGCGAGACAAGUUACCCGGACCAUUGAUAUUGAUUAGGGCCAAUUUGGAAAUUUGUUCUUGUAGAACUAGGGUUUUAAAUGUGUUUUUUAUCGUAGGUAUACUAUUUUUGUGCGAAAUUUUUUUGAUUGAGGUGGAUCUCAGUCAUGGUAUUUUUUUAUUGUACCUUUUAUUGUA